CUCACCCCCCCUCCCAGGGUGCCAGUGUUCCAGAGGAAGGGGGCGCUGAAACACAAGAGGAUCAUCGAGGUCAAGGACCACCAGUUCACCGCUCGCUUCUUCAAACAGCCCACCUUCUGCAGCCACUGCACUGACUUUAUCUGGGGAAUUGGAAAGCAGGGAUUUCAAUGUCAAGUGUGCAGUUUCUCUGUCCACAAGCGAUGUCACGAGUAUGUAACCUUCACCUGUCCUGGUGCCCCCACUGCUCCUACAGAAGACUUGAAGAGUAAACACAGAUUUCGACCUCAGACCUACACUUCUCCAACGUUCUGUGAUCACUGUGGUUCUCUGCUCUAUGGCCUUAUCCAACAGGGCAUGAAAUGCUCCUGUUGUGAGAUGAAUGUCCACAAGCGUUGUGAGAGCCUGGUGCCCAGCCUGUGUGGUCAAGAUCAUACAGAGAAGAGAGGCAGGAUCCACCUGACCGUCCGGGGAGAGAACGAGGACAUCUUCAUCACAGUGCGGGAGGCACGUAACCUGAUCCCCAUGGACCCCAACGGUCUGUCUGACCCCUACGUGAAGCUCAAGCUAAUCCCUGACCCCAAGAGCCAGAGCAAACAGAAGACCAAGACUAUCCGCUCCACACUCAACCCCGUCUGGAACGAGAGCUUCACCUUCUCGGUGCGUGGGCGGCAGUGGGACCGGCGUCUGUCGGUGGAGGUGUGGGAUUGGGAUCGUACGUCUCGGAAUGACUUCAUGGGAUCGCUGUCGUUCGGAGUGAGCGAGAUAUUCCGUCACUCAGUUAGCGGCUGGUUCAAACUGCUGGAUCAGGAUGAGGGAGAGUACUACAACAUGCCUGUCCCUGACGAAAAUGAGCCUAGUGGUCUAGAUGCUAUUCCCCCUCCCUUCUCCCCCUCCCUGAGGCCUGCCCCUGUGUCUGUGUCUGUCCCUGUCCCCGUGUCUGUCCUGUCCCCCUCAGCCCCGUCAGUCCCCUGUCUGGCCACCCUACCUGCAGGACCGGUCAAGCCCAGGGUUUGCCUCCAGGACUUCAACUUCCUCAUGGUGCUGGGAAAAGGAAGCUUCGGAAAGGUACUGCUGGCUGAGGAGAGAGGAAGUGAGCGGCUGUUUGCGGUGAAGGUGUUGAAGAAGGAUGUGCUGUUCCAGGAUGAGGACACAGAGAGUGCCAUGGUGGAGAGGAGGGUUCUGGGACUGGCCAACCGCCCCCACUUCCUCACAGCACUCUACUCAGCCUUCCAGACAGAGGACCGUCUCUACUAUGUGAUGGAGUAUGUCAACGGAGGAGACCUCAUGUUUCACAUCCAGAUAGUUGGCAAGUUCAAAGAGCCUCACGCAGCGUUCUAUGCAGCAGAGAUAGCCAUAGGCCUCUUCUUCCUCCAUACUAAAGGAAUCAUCUACAGGGAUCUGAAGCUGGAUAAUGUGUUGCUGGACAGUGAGGGUCAUAUAAAGAUAGCUGAUUUUGGGAUGUGCAGGGAGGGCAUGUUUGAAGGUGACACUACACGUACCUUCUGUGGGACCCCAGACUACAUCGCACCAGAGAUUGUAGCCUACCAGUCCUAUGGUAAGGCAGUUGACUGGUGGUCGUAUGGGGUGCUGCUCUAUGAGAUGUUGGCUGGACAGCCUCCCUUUGAUGGUGUUGAUGAGGAGGAGUUGUUUCAGUCCAUCAUGGAGCAGAGUGUCUCCUAUCCCAAGAGUCUGUCCCGUGAGGCCGUCGCCAUCUGCAAGGGGCUCCUGACCAAGCACCCAGCGAAGCGACUGGGCGGAGGGGAGGAGGGGGAGAAAGAGAUACGGGAGCAUCACUUCUUCCGUUGGAUGGACUGGGACCGACUGGAGAGAAUGGAGAUACAGCCUCCCUUCAAACCCAGAACUGGUGGGAAGAAAGGGGAGAACUUUGACAAGUUCUUCACAGCGGCUCCGUCCGUGCUGACACCCUCUGACCCUGACGUUCUGGCGGCCAUUGACCAGGAAGACUUCCUGGGCUUCUCCUUCAUUAACCCUGAGCUCGCCCCCCCGACCCUCACUGCCAUCUGAGGGGGGCAGCUCUGUCUCUCUCCACCCACACUUUUUUGAAGGGCACGACUCUGUUUCGCUCUGCUCUCCGCUCUUUCGGAGGGGGCAGCUCUCUGUAUUUUUAUCCUCUUCUCUUGGUCUGAAGGGAGCAGCUCUGUCUCUCUCUAUCCUCUCUGUCUGAAGGGGGGGGGAGCUCCCCACACAUUCCCCUCACCGCCUAACAGUCAUUUUCUAAAGAAAAUAAGUUAAAAACAGAGAAUAGCACACAAUUUAAACACAAACAAUCAGUAUACACAACCUACAGAUAACUCUCCCUCUGUGCUAUACUCUAGAGCCUGAGUUCAUGGCUUAUUUUUCAGAGGAAAAUCUGUGUGAUACGGGGAUGUAUGGGCAGAUUAGUGGUACAAGUCAAAUAAACACAUUUAGUUGAUGCAAUGCAUACAAAACAACAUUACUGUUAUUUAAAGAUGAUGCAGUUCAUUGCAAACAGAUACUGUAAGAUGACACUGAAUCUGACUUAAAUCUGUAGUGGUUUUAAGGUAAAUGUAUUUUAUGACAUGGUAUCAUGCUAUUGUGGUAUCAAUAUCAGAUCUAUUACAUAGAAAUACAGCUAGAGCUGUCUAUAUGCCACAUGUAUAAUCUAUUCCAUAGAAAUACAGCUAGAGCUGUCUAUAUGCCACAUGUAUAAUCUAUUACAUAGAAAUACAGCUAGAGCUGUCUAUAUGCCACAUGUAUAAUCUAUUACAUAGAAAUACAGCUAGAGCUGUCUAUAUGCCACAUUUAUAAUCUAUUACUUAUGAAAUUAAUUACCUCUGAUAUUAUGUAAAGCAGUAUUUCUUGUGUCAUGUAAUGUCAUAUUGUGUUCUAUUACAUUGUUCUAUUAUAUUAUUACCAAAAAUUGGUCCUUGUUUUGUGUUUCCAAUUUAACUUCAAUCCAUUGAUGAUAUAAUUGUGAUAUAUAGCUAGAAACCUAGAAGAUGGGAAAAGAAAUCAAAUCAAUCAUUAUAUAUUACUGCUUGAAGAAAAGUUGCUCCUAAUCAGUGAUCUGGGAUCAGAUUCCCCUACCUACCCCCAGUCCUAACUAUAACCGUUAGACGAGGUGAGGUGAAUGGUAACCAUUCAUGAAAAUGAAACCAUCUAACCCUGUGUUCUGAGGUUAAGGGUUAUUUUAACUAACUACAUGAUUACUUAUUCUCCCAUCUCCAUCAACAAAUAAAAUAUUUUCCACCAGAUAUGAGGACUACCAAGUCAACCAUCUGAUUGAUGUUUCCAUACUGCACAGCUAUGCCCUGUCAGCCUUACACAUUGUCAUCUCUCAUUCUAUUCCUAGAUCAGUUGCUAUAUUUCUUCACUUUCUUGCUGAUUUGACACUUUGACCUGGACCCAAAUUGAAUGUGAAAGCGCUAACUCAGGUCCAACUGAGCUAACUGACCCGGGUUGGCACUACAUCAGACACGUGACCUGAGACUACCCAGGAUAUCUGAGAUGAGGAGAGGACGGUUUUAUAAUGUGAUGUGGCAUUCAGUGGACAUUUUGGCUGAGGUCCACCAAGCAGUGACAGAGUAAAUACAUCUCAUAAGGUUUUGUUCCAUUUCUUGCUGAGACUAGCCAGAAUGUCUGAGAUAAAGGAGGAGAAGACUGUUUUAACAUGCGAUGUGGACCUCAGUGGCCAUUUUGGCUGAGGUUCACCAACCAGUGACAGAGUGACAGGGAGUAACACAUCUCAGAAGGAAAUGUAGUAAGGAGUUAGGAGUUAGGAGUUGGUUAGCAUGGUUAGGACAUUUUCAGUAGCGUUGGGAUUCAGUGAGCUACAAUGCUUCAUGUUAAGCCCCAACUAAUAAUAUGCUUAUAUGCUAGCAUGUAACAAAUCAAAUCACAUUUUAUUUGUCACAUACACAUGGUUAGCAGAUGGUAAUGGUCACAUACACAUGGU